AUGAAGAAUUCCUUCUUGCUCGGGACAUCUGGUCUCCUUGCUGCUACAGUAGGCGGCUCUGCAGAACCCAGAAGCACACCUGGAGGCAGCCUCUUCCUCCGCUCCAUUGCCGAAUCUGUCGCGCUCCCAACCAUGACGUGGUCAGCCAACGGCACCCAUACCGCCAAGGGCUAUACUAGCCAAGCCGCCGACGAGACGAGCUUACAAGGCAUGAAAGCCGACUGUGGCAACAUCAAUCUCAACAAGAAGAUCUCGGUCGAUUUUCGAAGUGACGUCUUUGGUCCCGGUCUGAUCGGGUACUUCUACAAGUGCGAGAAGAUCCGCGAAGACACCAAUCUGUACUGGUUUACAAUCAGCUCUGGGAACUCAUCCCAGAUCGACCAAUUGUGUGAUCCGGCCACGACAUUCCCGCUGGUUUUCGACUCGCAGCAUAGUACUUGGUGGAUCGACGAGCCUUUUGACUGCACUCAGCGCACUUCACCGGAUGGCCAGGCGGGGUUGGAAGAUUUUUAA